AUGACUCCUCCACCAGAAGCAGAAGCCCCAGCAACGAUAAAGCCGCCGGCCACCCACACACCCGAAUACUCAGAAAAACCUUUACAACGAUUCGGUGCCGAUUAUCUUUUCUUCCGUUUCUUGUCCAGAGAACAUAAAUUACGCCGCUGGUGCGUGCAGAUAGUCUCCCACAAAUACUUCGAUCGAUUCAUCAUUGCCGCCAUUGUGGCCAACUCAGUCAUCCUCGGAUUGUCCGAUUUCUCCGUCGUGGACUCGGAUCUGAACCCUGCAAGUACCGGGAAAUUGUAUCAAGGCGGGAAACUCGUGGACGCCUAUUCGCUCCAGAACCACAUUGUAGAGAUUUCGGAACUUCCAUUCACGAUCAUUUUCACCGCAGAGUGUAUCCUCAAGAUCAUCGCAAUGGGAGUCCACGGUAAGGGCUCAUACGGAAAAGAUACGUGGAACGUCCUCGACUUUUUCGUCGUCGUCUCAAGUCUUGUGGCUUCAUUGCCAGGAAUGCCCAACGUAUCAGCUAUCCGAACGAUCCGAGUGCUUCGUCCACUACGAUCUCUCUCAGUAAUUCCUGGAAUGAGACGUCUCAUCGCUGCCUUGCUGAAGGCUCUACCCGCUCUCGGAAAUGUCGUGAUUCUCCAGAUUUUUGUCUUCUUCAUCUUUGGCAUCCUCGGAAUUCAGCUUUUCGGUGGCAGUAUGAAUCGGCGAUGUCGCGAGACAUCGUUUCCCGUCAAGUUGCCGCUUGAUGACACGAACGAAGUGGUCUGGCCAGUUCCGCAAGAAUACAUCGACCAAGUGAAGGCGAACGAAGAGGCGUAUUUUUGCAUUGAUGUGCCACUUUUAGAUUACGAAGACAGCGCUGGCGACUACACAAAGGAAACUUCGCCUUGGAAUGUUCCUCAGGAUUGUUUCUGGCCGGUAGACGAAGACGACGAGUUUCUCUGCGCUGCCAAGGGCCAAGCUGGCAACCAUGCGUGCAGUAGUGGGAAAACUUGUGGCUCGGACUACGACGCAUUUGGAAAUCCUAGAUUUAGUCACCACAAAGCCAUGGAUUACGCGCUCUACCGCCCCAGUCUGGACUGGGGUCUCACGACAUUUGACAACAUCGGACGAGCGUUCUUCACCAUCUUCCAGUCCAUCACACAAGAGGGCUGGACUGUCAUUAUGUACAUGGUGAUGGAUUCGUCUCAACCGACGGUCGGGGCGAUUUUUUUCGUGGUUCUCAUCAUUUUCGCGUCGUUUUUCGUCAUGAAUCUGACACUGGCAGUUAUCUCAGAAGAAUUUAAUCUCGACCAGAAGCCAGGCAAGACCGCCGCCCAGAAGCGAGAGGAGGAGAGGAGAGCAAAGCUAGAGAGAGAGAAUGCCGAAAAACUCGCCCGUGAGCACUGGCUGAAUGCCGUCGUGUCUCACAAACUCUUUGCCGGGUUUAUCAUGGCCGUGAUUCUCGCCAACACUGCAAUUCUAGCCCUGGAUCACUAUCCGAUGCCCACGCAGAUGGACGAAGAUCUCGAGAUUGUAAACUUUGCGCUUUCCUGUGUUUUUGUCGUCGAGAUGGUCAUGAAACUCUUUGGACUUGGAUUACGGCAGUAUUCUUGCGACAGAUUCAAUCUGUUUGACGCCUUCAUCGUGACGAUGGGGAUCCUGGAGACGAUAGCGUCACCACCCUCUUUCAUGUCCAGCAAUCCUCCAAAGAAAGGAGCAGUGUCAGCUUUGCGAUCAUUUCGUCUCUUUCGAGUAUUUAAACUGGCUCGAGAUUGGAAAUCACUUCGAGAACUACUGGAAAUGAUCAUACGAGCAGUGGCCAGCAUCACGAACUUCGGAGUGCUCCUGUUCCUAUUCAUCUACAUCUACGCAUUGGUUGGCGUUCAGUUCUUUGGUAACACGAUGCGCUUCGACAACGAAGGAUACCCGACUCCAUUCAACCUGGAAGAGUUCUGGGAUGGAACGGUUCCACGAAACAAUUUUGACACGCUACUCUGGGCUGCCGUCACGGUGUUCCAGAUCAUCACGGGCGAGAACUGGAAUAGUAUCAUGUACUUCGCCAUCCUUGGGAACGGCAUGCUGUCGUGUGUCUACUUUAUCUCUUUGGUGAUCCUUGGCGACUUUGUGCUCAUGAAUUUGUUCCUGGCUCUGCUACUGGACAACUUUGGAGACAACGACGAAGAGCAAGAAAUGGAAAAACAGGAAGAAACCAAGAAACUUGCGCAGAAAAUGUCCGUGAUGAACAUGAGUAUGAAAGUUGCUCCAAUCACGUCCGAGAACGAGCGAACGAUGACGGCAAGAGGAAGUUUCUUGAUGCUAUCCACUGCGUUUCCCUUAGGAGCUCGUCGACAGUCGAUACUGGAGAUGGACGAGGAUGCAGACGAAGAAGACGUUCGAGUUGUCAACCUCGAGAGGUUCGCAGACGAAUUGACACCAAGCGUACCAUUGGCAAAAACCGUAUACAUUGAACCUCCAGCUCGACUGAACCUUCCGAAUGGUUUCUUGGCCACUUCACGGGCGAGUAUUGUGUCCGCUAUGAUGCUGAGCACGGGGGUCCAGUUACCUGCAGAUGAAGAAGAAAAAGAGGACGAUACGAACCACCCUCCGCCCCAGAUUAACCUCGGAAGAUCGCUAUUCCUUUUCCCAGGCGACUCGAAAGUGCGACGCGUUGCCUGUUAUCUCUCCACACAUCGAUACUUCGACUCGACUGUCUUCGGUCUUAUCGUGGUUUCGUCCAUUGCUUUGGCUGUGGAUAAUCCACUCGCGGACCCCAAUUCAGGCCUCGCGACGUUCCUGAAAGGCCUGGACAAGGCGCUGGCGAUAGUUUUCGCCAUCGAAAUGGUCAUCAAGAUUGUUGCCAUGGGGCUCAUCAUGCACAAAGGCGCAUACCUUCGAAAUGGAUGGAACAUCAUCGAUUGCGUCAUUGUCGUCUCCUCUGUCGUCAUGCUCGUGGCUGAGUCGUCAGGAAAAGGAACAAACCUCAAGUCUUUGCGGUCACUGCGAGGGUUACGAACGUUUCGUCCCUUGCGUAUGAUCAGUCGACGGCCUGGCUUGAAGCUGGUAGUGAACGCCUUGUUCGAAGCCAUCCCCGAAGUGAUCAACGUCCUGUUCGUGUGCAUGCUCUUCUUUCUCAUUUUCAGCAUCGUGGCGGUCAACUACUUGAAAGGAACGUUCAAUGCCUGCAGUGGAAACGUCUUCAACGCGUUUUCGGCCGCUCGAAUGAGUUUUCUCAUCACUCCGAAAACGUGGAAAGAGUCCUCAGAGCUUCAGCGGAGUUGGUUUGCCGGUACAGCGUGUGAAUCAUCGUUCCCAACCACCACAGGCUCGGAACUGACUUCGGAAUACGUUUGCGAGUGCUGGGGAGCCGACUGGGGCCACGUUUUGCCCCAAAACUUCGACAAUGUGGGCUCAGCCAUGUUGACGUUCUUUGAGAUCUCCACUACCGAAGGCUGGGCCGAUGUGAUGAUGGCUGCCAUCGACUCAAAUGGCAUCGGGAUGCAGCCGAUCCGGGACAACAACAUGAUUUGGGCCUUAUUUUUCGUCCUCUUCAUCAUGGUCGGCAGCUUCUUCGUCGUCAACUUAUUUGUGGGGGUCAUUAUCGACAACUUUAACCGCAUGAAAGCAGCGCUCGGUGGGGACUUUAUGCUCACCCCGGAGCAGAAGAAGUGGAUUGAGGCCCAAAAAGCUGCAUCUCGCGUCGGCCCCGUGCGUAUUUUGAGGCCUCCGAGGCAAUUUUUACGACGUCAGCUGUUCUUCCUGGUCAAGAUGCAGCGGUUUGAAUGGUUCAUCAUGAUCUGUAUCAUCGUAAAUACCUUCCUAAUGGCUGCGCAGUUCUUCGGUGAAUCGACAAUGCAAGCGUACGUUAUCAACAUUGUGAACGAGAUUUUCGCCGUGAUAUUCACGCUAGAAGCGGUGAUGAAGCUGACAGCUUUCGGGUGGGAGUAUUUCGAGGACCAGUGGAACCAAUUCGACUUUUUCGUCGUGCUCGGUACACUAUUAAGUGUCAUCGUUGAGCUUUUCACGGGCGCCUCAGUGCGAUCCCUUGCGAUGCUUGUGCGCGUGUUCCGAGUCACGCGUAUCCUGCGCCUCGUCAAGGCAUCCAAAAGCAUUCGGCAGAUUCUUCUGACGCUCUACAUCGCCCUGCCUGGCCUCAGUAACAUCACGUCCAUCCUGUUCCUGAUGCUGUUCAUCUACGCUACAAUGGGAGUCCAGAUCUUCGCCAAAGUGGCGAUGUCGGACAAUAUCGACGCCCACGCCAAUUUCCAGGAUUUUGGCAGCGGCUUCCUCUUCCUCUUGCGCGCUGCCACUGGAGAAGCGUGGAAUAGUUGCAUGCAUGAUCUGGCGUCCAGCACUCCGGGUUGUGUGGACGAUCCUCCGUAUGACCCAACCAUGUGCGGGUUUAAUGACUUUGAAGGCUGCAAACCUCUGAACGGAUGUGGAAAUCCCAUUGCCUAUGGGUUUUUCUGCACGUUUACUCUUCUGGUGACGUACGUCAUGCUCAACCUCACGAUUGCCGUUAUUCUCGAGGGUUUCUCGCUCUCCCACGAAGAUGAGGAGCCAUUGUUUGAGCCCGAACUACUCGAAGAAUUCCAGACCAAAUGGGCCGACAUUGAUCCGAAAGCCACUGGGUUCGUCAAGGUCGACAAGAUGCUGCUGCUUGUGAACCUGCUCAAGCCACCACUGGGGAAAUUCGGCAUGCCGAUGGACAUGGCUCACUUUUUCAAGUACACGUGUCUGCUCGAAGUGCCUUUGUACGAAGGCGAGUUCGUUUACUUUCGAGAUGUGCUGUUGGCCAUGACUCGUGAGAUGGUUAAAGUGAACGCAGGCACCAUCUCCGACAUGCCCCCGGACCAGGACCCUGGCAUCUCUGGUGUCCCAGGAGCUAAACGUCGUAUCGAGUUCUUCGCACAUCAAUAUUUUGGCGCUCGACGGAUCCAGCGUCAAGUGGCGGAAUGGCUACGCAUCAAACGGCAACUCGAGAAAAGGUACAUGGAGGAGUACAAGAACAAGAUCAAGAAACCCAGCGGACGACCCAAGAAACAGCGCGAUGCACGUGUCUUCACCAUAGGAUAG